GCUUGUGGCUGCGAAAUGGCCAGAAACGGCAGCACUGGUCAGCACCGUCAGCACUUGUUUAGUGUAUAAUCAUGUAUAAUUUACACGCCACUAUAUUCUCCGUCGUGCGUUUAUAAACAAAAUUGCACAAAGUACAAAAAGAAGAAAUUUUUUGUUGGCGCACAACAAAAUGAGACGAAUAUUUUUUACACUUUUUUUCUUGUUUGUUUUGACAAAUCAAGGCGACAGUUUGUACUGUUACAGAUGUAAUAGUAAUCAUCCCGGAUGUGCGACACCUUUAAAUUGGUUAUGGUAUUGGGGAGAAACUUGCCCAGAGUACGAUGACAAAUGCGUAAAGAUAAUCGAACGAAAAGGAGCGGAAACAAUUAUUACCCGUGAAUGCUUGAGUUCCGUACGUAGCUUUAGAACGGAUAUUCCUGCGGAUCAUUACGAAGGCUGCAGACCUGCCGCUAAGGACGUGCGAUUAGGUCAUUACGUCAAUAAUAGUAUUCAUCAAUUGGAUAUUCAUCGCGAUUAUUACGACGAAGUUACGUGGUGUUUCUGUUAUUUCGACGACAGAUGUAACAGCGCCGAGGUUACGACCGUUUCAAUACUGCUCGUAACUUUACAAAUUGUUAUACAAUAUUUCAUAUCUUGAAGUUACAAUAUAUUUAACACAAGAAUUUUUGGAGAAACGGAUGAGGUAAAGUAAGAAACAAUAUUUAAGUUUUUUAUAUUGGAGUUUGUAUCAUUUAAAACAAUUGGAUGCAAAAAUGUUGAUAAAGUUUCGAAAGCAUCAAGUUUAUAUUCAAAUGGAAAUUUGUUAAUGUUACUAAAGAAAGUUACUAAAAAAAGUUGAUAAAGCUUAUAUACAGUGGCAUGCAAAUGUUUCCGGCCAGUGACAUUUUGUACUCUAAUUUAUUAAAAAAAAAAAACGGUUUAACAAAAUUUCCAUAAUUAACAGGUAUGAGUACAAGAUAUAAGUAACGAAGUAAUAUAUACUAAAACAAUGAUUAUGAAAAUUUUAUUAGGCUGUUUUUUAAUAAAUCAAAGUACAAAAUGUUACUGGCUGGAAAUUUUUGCACGCCAUUGUAUAUACACGUGUACUAUGCAAUUAAAUAACACUCUACACAAAGGCAUAUACGUACAACCUUCAAUGUCAAUGUCAACAUUUUCUCACGCAACGUGCGAUAGCUUUUGCUUAAAUAUAUAAUUAUUAAUAUACUAAACCUGAGCGAUUAACUUUUAGAUACUGGUUUAUCGAUAGUAUUUAUGGCUUGCUAUUUGGAGUUGCUAUACUUUGAUAUCAAAGUAUAUUAAUAAUUAUGUGGAACAAAAUAUAUUUCGUUUAGAUUAUACGAAUCCUUUCAUAUAAAGUAAUAUUGUUAUAUAUCACAAAGCCGUCCGUAUUAAUAUAGUAUCCGUCCGCGAUUAUAUAUUGUAUUAAUAUAGCAUCCGUCCGCGAUUAUAUAUUGUAUUAAUAUAGUAUCCGUCCAUAUUAAUGUAGUAGAUGACAAAGUGUCGAAUACAUAUAUACACGUGCAACGUGUCUCGUAAUAAUGUCAUAUAUUUAAAAAGAUUAUUGCAUUAGUAUUAUUUAAUGAUGCAUUUUAUGAUGUAAUGAACUUUUUAUAACGUUUUAUAAAAUAAAAGAGUUUGGAAUAAUGAAAUAAAAUA